AUGAAGUUGGCCUUUUAUCUCCUACUGAUUUUGGCUGCGUUCAAAGUCUCAAGUAGUGGCUCCGAUCUCAUCACUGAAUCUUGCAAAGAAGCCUCAAAAGAAGACCCAAACAUCAGCUAUGCUUUCUGCGUGGCGAGUUUUGUGGCCAUGAUUCCGAGUCCACCCAGUAGUGUGGAAGAGCUUGUGGCCAUGACAAUUCAGAUGACUAAGUCCAAAGCAACUAACGUAGUUUACACCAUUUCCAUUCUCUUGAAGGACCACUUGUUCAGUGAUUAUGCAAAGAAAUGCUUAAAAGAUUGUUCUGAUCAUUACUUAGACUCUCUUUCUGAUUUGGGUGACGCUUUGGGUGCCUUCAGGUCCAAAGAUUUCAACUCUGCAACUGCUAAGAUAAGUGCAGCAAUGGGUGUCUCGGUUACCUGUGAAGAUCAGUUCAAGGAAGGGAAAGAAAAGUCUCCUUUAACAGACGACAACAAAGUGUACUUUGAGCUCAAUGCAAUGUCACAGGCCUUUCUCAAGAUGCAUAAAUAA